AACAUGGUGCAGAAAGAGUGGUAGGAGAAAAAACAUACCUAAGAGUGGUAGGAGAAAAACUUGAAAAAGGCAUUGCUACAACUUAGACAGGAACUAUAAAUUAUCCUCAAAAACAGAAGAGUGAGUACGUGUCAUAAAGGUUGAAAUUAUUACCAAUUAUUAUCGCAAUGGCUGAAGUGGCUGAAGUGUUGCCAAUAACCAAUUCUGAAGAAAGAGAAAAUAAUGUCUAUUUGGCUAAGAUGGCUGAAGAAACGGAACGUUAUUUUGACAUGAUGAAUUUUAUGAAAAAAGUGGCUGUAAUGGGUGUUCGGCUAACUGUUAAGGAGCGCGUACUUCUUUCAGUUGCCUAUAAGAACUUCAUUGGCACUCGUCGUACUUCCUGGCGUAUAAUCAAGAUGGCUGAACAAAUGAAGGAGACAAAGGAUAAUAAACGUAAACUGGAAAUGGUAAUCAAAUAUCGUUUGGAAGUAGAAAAAGAGUUGCACGAAGUUUGUUGCGACAUCUUGAAUAUUUUGGAGCAUUAUCUCUUGCCUAAUGCUGAUGACCCUGAAAGCAAGGUGUUCUAUUAUAAAAUGAAAGCUGACUAUCAUCGCUAUUUAGCAGAAUUUUCAUCUAAUAGCGAUUAUUUGGAUGCUGCUGAAAACUCUCUUUCAGCCUACAAGUGUGCUUAUAAAAUUGCCAUGAAGAGCAUAUCCCCAACCGAUCCAAUACGUUUGGGACUUUCACUUAAUUUUUCAGUAUUUUACUAUGAGAUACUGAAUUCUCCAGAAAAUGCAUGCAAUCUAGCUGAAACUGCUUAUGAUCUAGCUUUUGUUGAGUUGGAUAAGCUAACUGAUGAUGAGUGUCAUGACACCUCUUAUAUUUUGCAGUUACUUCAUGAUAACCUUUCAUUGUGGAAGUCUGAACUUCAUCCACCUCCAGUCGAAGUUAAGGAGUAUAAUAUUCAAAAACACGAUUUUGAAGAUCUUUCAGAUGAUGAUGCUGAUUUCUUUUGAUAUGUCCAUUAAUGGUCAUUUGUUCUGAAGUAAUUUGAAAAACAUUAACAUGGAUUGCGGAACUUAUGUUUACAGCAAUAUAUAAUAUUUUUAUAGUUUUAGUAAUGCAACGUUUUGGGCUAUUAGAAAAAAAGUAGAUAUUGGGAUUUGGUGAAUAAUUUAAUUAAGUAAAUAUAGAU